UAUACCUUUUUAUUGCGUUUACAGCAGUGUACCGUUCAGUAUAUUGAGUUUAACUGGGCUGAAGAUGUGGGAGAGAUUUUGGCUAGAUGGAAUGGACGAGAAUGGAGACACCUACACCCCGGCCUACGUUCUCCUGAGUCUAUCUGCUUUUGCCAUCACCGGCAACCUCACUGUCAUAGUCAUGGUAGCCCAGUACCGGUUUCUGCGGAUGACGAGGACACACUGGCUCCUAGCAGCAUUGGCAGCAGCUGACUUCCUCCGAGCUACCUUUGUGAUGGUGUUUGUGGGGGUUAGCGGAGCUGUGGGGGUCUGGUUUGGGGGUGAUCUCUGGUGCAAGAUAAGUGGGAGUUUGCCGUUCCUCCUCUUUAUGAUUUGUUACUUACUACACACUAUGAUAGCAGUGGAUCAGAGACACAUUGUAAUGGGCUUCUUUAGUAAUUACCGUAUGAAACAGGUAUCUGGAAUGUUCAUGGUACUGUUAGCGGUGAUGGUAUCCCUGUUUGUGGUGGAGGUGCCCUACUUAACCAUGGAGCUGCUAACAGAGACUUCUAUUCGUUACAAUAACACCACCGCACAUUGUGAGAUGUACACUCCAGAGCAGAUCUACCACCGCGUUCACGUGUAUGAUGUGAUGUAUGUGCUAAGCUACAUGUUCGUACCGGGACUUGUCAUAUUCGGGUGUUAUUGCUACAUUUACGCUAGACUACGGAGGUUCUACGCCCAAGAUCAGGUUCUACGACAGAUUCCUGGUGGAGAAUGGUACCAAGAUCAGGAUAUAAUCUCGUACAAUAUCAAAGUGUUCCUGCUGCUGGCUCUAGUAUUCCUGAUCUCCUGGAUACCGUGUUCUGUGCUUACUCUCAGAAAACUGUUUGAUAUCAGAUACCAGCUAUCUGACUGGAGGCUCGAGAUGUUCAGUAAGUGGGUUGUGUACGUAUCCCCUGUUAUCUCCCCCUACGUCCUGAUAAUAUCUUAUCCUCCAUUCCGACAAGCCUUCAAGCUGAUGUGCUGUUGUAAGAGCGAGAAGGAGAUCAGUUUCCAGACACUUUCCUCCAUUCAGGGCACCGUCAAUCUGUGAGUCUAGAAGUGAUCUGUCGCGCUAUUGUCGUGGUAAGUGUCACGUGACCAGAAUACCGUUUUCUGAUUGGUUUGUCACUGUCAUGUAUCAGGGACAUACUCAAGAGUCCACUGCGAAGAGACGGCGAGAAGAGAACUCAAGACAAUUGUGGGCAAACAUUUAAGUACAUUUUAAGUACGACCAGCCCUCAGCUAUCUAUAACAAUUGAGCCAGACCGCGGUACUAAACAGUUCAGCAGGAGUACUCAGCUGUUUCCUUGGAAACCAGACUGCACACAGUUUGUCAGAAACUAGUUGAAAUGUUGAAACAUGAGAGUUGUAUGCUAGGAUGAGCACUGAGCAGAAACUGAAGACAAUAACUAUUUCAUUAUUUAUACCCAUAACAAAAUAUUUGACGUUGUUAUUAUUAUAAUAUUAUGUGUCUUUUUUAAUAAUAUUUAACUUUAUUUGUAAUCUAUGACCUCUCUUUAUACAGCAAGUUUUAUCAUCAAUUUCUAUGAAGGGAUUGUUGGCGAUGAUAAAUACGAUUUCAAUUCAUUUAACCAGAUUAAUUCUGGUUUAGUUUCUUCAAUAUAACAUUAAUUAUAAUGAAAUUUAUUCUAAGUUUU